GUGCCCCGCGGCGCGCACACGCAGACCGCCGCUCCCGGCGUGCAGCGCUGCGGCCUCAGGCAGCCCCGCGGGGCCCGCCGGGCCGGAGCCCGAGGAGCAUGGCGCUGAGACGCAUCCAGAAGGAACUGACUGACUUACAGAGGGAUCCUCCUGCUCAGUGUUCUGCAGGACCUGUAGGUGAUGACUUGUUCCACUGGCAGGCCACCAUCAUGGGCCCGAAUGACAGUCCUUACCAAGGAGGUGUUUUCUUCCUGACCAUCCACUUCCCAACAGAUUAUCCUUUCAAGCCCCCAAAGGUUGCUUUCACUACCAAAAUCUAUCACCCUAAUAUCAACAGCAAUGGCAACAUCUGCCUGGACAUCCUGAGGUCCCAGUGGUCCCCAGCAUUGACUGUGUCCAAAGUUCUCUUAUCCAUCUGCUCUCUGCUCUGCGACCCCAACCCUGAUGACCCGCUGGUGCCAGAAAUAGCUCACACCUACAAGGCUGACAGAGAGAAGUAUGCGUCCUCUUUGGCUUGGCUUUGUGUGAGGCUGCCCAGGUUCCCACGGACAUCUUCCUGCCCAAGCCCAGCCUGUAUACAGCAGACUAGCGAGAGAGUGGACACAGAAGUACGCUACGUAAGUGCCGGAAGGCUCCAUGGGAGACAUCGUCCAAGAGAAGCUUGCCAGCAGAGUGGCCGUCCUGUGAAGCUCUGAGCUGUUGGCUAAGGCACUCACAGAACACCCUGCGUUCACACGUGUUGACCACUCGCUUUCUCUGGCUGCAGCAUGUUGGUGCCACUUUCAGCCAUUGUGGCCUUGACAGUGUCACACCUUUGAUGCCAAAUCAGCAACCGUCGUUAUGCUCUGCCGUCUUCCUGGUCUAUGCCCCAGCUUGUCUGCUUGUCUCUGGGGAAUCAAGCCAUGCAUGCCUCCCCUACUUGUCCUCAAAUUGUGUCACUAGUCACCGUGGCACCCCCCCAGGGGCCCAGUCUGCUCCCUAACCACACGACCUUGCCUUUAGGACACAGUUCUACCCUGAGGGCCCAGGGCAAAGUGGCCUUUCUCCAUACCGCUGUCUGCCACAGAGCUACGCCCUCUGUAGUGCUAUAUACUGCAUUUCUCUCCUCACACCAAACAGCUAGUGGGAAACAUCAGGAUAUAUAAAGCAUGCAACACCCCAAGAAAGAGGAUGACAUCAGACGUGGAGAGAUGGGGUUAUGCUUUCGUGUGUGGCGAAGCUUUCCCCCGCUCUUCUCUCACAGGGAACUUAACAUGAAGUUCAAGCAAACGUCAUUCACAGGCUGGAACACAAGGGGGAAGAGGGACUUUAAACCCAAAUAAAAGUGAAAUCCCUCAGAA